AAAAAAGAAAGAAAUAUGCGGUUGCAAACACAUGCAGGAGGGGGAACCAAACAACACUGUAGAGAAAAAAAUGACGAAACUGAAUAUAUACUUUGGUAUUAAGAAAGGGAUGUAAGCCAAAAGAUACAGGGCGAAUUGGAAGACAGCCUAAGUACAGGCCUUUCUUUUCCUAUAAUAAUGCGGCAUACAAACCUUGUCCCAAGGUUGGUCUUUUCCAAUUAAAUAGUAUGUCAUGGCACUUUUUAAAUAAGAAAGUAGUAGUACUUUCUAAGGCAGCGUACGAAAGUCUAAGAAACCCAGCUUAGUGAUACCAAGCGCAUAGCAACGCUCCCACAAAAAUGUCUCACGUUUAAUACUAUCCGCAUUUUAAAUGUAUGCAUAUAGUCUACGUAUCACUGUAGUAUCCUUCUCAUUGCGGACGAAAUAUGUUUCCCUCGGCCAGCUUUCGGAGUAUCUGUGUAACGCUGUCGGUUCUAGGUGCGCUAUGGCUCAUGUUCCUGGUAUCCGCACAUCUGUUUUUGGAUUUCGAGCAGAGUCGAGUGUACUUAUCCAGACUAACGUACUCCACGCCGCUCUUUGAAUUAGUCGACAACAGAAAUGGGGGAGACUCUGUGGUAUUUCAAAGCAUCUGUGAGAUACCGGUAGAUCGACAAUUCCCAGACUGCGAAAACCAAGUCCAGCGUCUGCGGGAAAAUUGGGCAAAGGAUCCUUGUUACAAGGACUAUGAUGUGGAUGGCACCGACUGCUCUAUCAUUGUGUAUUUGAGCGAAGUAGAAUCCUGGUGUCCACGCCUGCCUUGGAGAAAGCACAUGAAGAAAAAGGAGCGCAAGAGAGAGCAGGCUAUCCUGCGUGACGAUCUUGAUGAACUAACCCACACUCUAGGGAAGGCCCAGGUGCUUACGCAGUUUGUCCCUGCGAUCCAAGCGGACUGGCACCAUUGGAAAGAUGGACUUAGAUUCAUGAAACACAAAUCUUCCACAGAGAGAUACAGAAAAAAGGUUUUAGUAUAUAUCGGGAUGUUAGACGAGCUUACUGGGAACACCACCGUACCGAUGACGGACGAAUUGCAACAAUGGCUAGACCUGCUGACGUCACUGUUCAUUCUGGGGCAUGAUCUGACCGUGUCACGUGACAGGGGAGAGCUGCUUAGUUAUCUGUCAGAAGAAAGUAGUGCGAUGCACCGGAGAUGCACGCGGGAGGACAGCGGGUUCGACCUGGUGUAUACCGAUCAUGCUGGUUUGGACCAAUUGAUGUUAGCUGCAUCACAACCCGAAACACGCGCAAGAGUCAUGGACAAAUACAGGUGCAGAUUCAGGGUGCUAGACUCGUAUGGAACUGAUGCAGAGUUCAAUUACGCCAAGUACGACAAGGAACUACCAGGCGGGCGGUCAAACAUGGGCAACCUGCAGUUCCACCUACGUCAGCUUAUGACAAAGUUUCCUUCAUCUCCCGACAACUCUUUCUUGGGACUGAAGAUUGGGGCGAGUCUUAGAAAACGGCCGUUUCACAAGAAGCAGAAGAUGUUGGUGAUUUAUGGAACAAAGUCAUCGACGCUCAAGGGACAUGACCCGAUGCUAGAAAUAAUAAAGAAAUAUCUCCGGAUUCAUACUGUUUUUACAGAGGACGACUCCGAGGUGGCAAGCUUACCAAGCUAUGUUAUCAAUCACGGAAAACUAAAACCGGCUGCUAUGGAUGCACUUUUUGAAAAAGCGAAAGCGGUAGUGGGUCUCGGGUCUCCGCUUGAAGACAUGGCGCCUCUACGUGCCCUUAGCAAGGGCUGCGUCUUUAUCAACCCCAAGUUUGACCCACCAAGAGAUCGUCUGAACACGCCUGAACUUGCAGACAAGCCCUCUCUUCGUAAGUUGACGUCACAGCAGCCAUAUUUGGAGAAGUUCGUUGCCAAGCCACACGCGGUUACACUCGACCUCGGCAACUCCUCGCAGAUAGAGGCCGCAAUCAAGAGAAUCGCUAAAACGAAGGUUCGACCGAUCAUCCCUUUUGAGUUCACCACCGAGGGUUUGCUGGAGAGGUUGAAUGCGUACAUCAUUAAUCAGGACUUUUGCCAGAACUCUCAAUGGCCACCAGCCACGGAGCUACGAGUGAAGAUCAGUUUCCCAGGAGACUCCUGCAUUAAAACGUGCUCAGACAGUGGAUUGGUCUGUGAACCGGAAUUGUUUCAUGCAAUAGAAUCUAGACGAAUCCAUGGUUGCCGCAUCAAAGAACUCCACGAGUUGCUGGUCGCUCCUGCCAAAGCAUUCAACUCGACCGUGUGUAUGCUCCAGAAACAACCCCUUCUCUAUAGCUGCUCCGCCUCGGACGCUAGUUACAGACGCGUGUGCCCAUGCAGAACGCGCCACCCACAACAACGCGCGCUUUGCGCAAACUGUUAGGAAUUGCUAAAGUGCAUUAGGCCUAGAUUAAACGGCGUGCCAGAGUCGCACCGUUCUGGCUCGGUAGAGGUUCGAUCAUAGAGCGGCUCUACAAUAAACGUCGAACAUUUUGUUUGUUAUCUCCAUGGGUAUGGAGAGUAACAAUAUAGUCAUUAGGCACAAAAUACAUGCUGCUUUGUCUUAUGACGCUCAAUGAAGGACAAAACACGAAGACUAGAAAUGACUAGAAAAGCCUUCUAUCUUGGUCAGAGCAAUAUGGUCUAAUAGGAAUGAAUUUAUUACAUGCCGCAAUAGAUUGGAUAAAGGAAAGGCGACGACUCCU